AUGCCAGCUAUCGUAUCUACAAAACUAAAGUUCAAAGGUGAAAAAGUAAAGAAGAAGAAAAGAACACAUCAUGAGAGGGACGAAGGUGAUGAACUAGCAGCUUUAGCAGCUGGAGAUCCUAGAGGAUGGGUAUUUCCAGAGGAUAUCAUGGAGAUUUCUGGACCUUCUUUCAUACUUUUACCUUCUGAUCCACUCACAUGUCUUGCUUGGGACCCCCAAAGACAAAAAGUUUACGCCGCACCGAUCGAUUUACCUGACGCACCUGAAGGAGCGGCCGAUUUGACUUCUGCCGAGAUACUCGCUGCUGUAGAACCGACUGAUGUUAAUCAUGUUUGGGUCAUUUCUCGUUUAUCGGGAAGUGAGGGGGUAAUUUCUUUGAGAAGUAGUACAGGCACUUUCCUCACCGCUACACCUUCCGGCACUUUAACAGCCAACACCCCUUCCCGAGGUCCACUCGAAGCUUUCAUACCUUCUCUAAAUACCACCCACACCUUCCCCAGUCUCAGUCUUCAAACACAUAACGAAAAAUACAUCUCCGUCUCUUCUGCCUCAGGUUUGGGUAAGAAACCCGAAUUGCGUGGUGACGCCGAUACUCCAGAAGACGCGCAGUUGCACAUUAAAUGUCAGAGGGAGUUCGUAUUGAAGGCAAAGGUAGCAGCUGCGGAGGCCAAAGGAGAAGGGAGGAGUUCGAAGAGAUUGUUAAGUACUGGUCCCGCACCUGGGAGUGUAGAAGAUGAAAUGAGGAAAAAUCGGGAUUAUCAAGCUUGGGGAGGAGGGAGACAUGUUGUCAGUGAUAGAGAUAGAAAAGAUUUGAAGAAGGCUCGUGAAGAGGGUCGAUUAGCGGAAGCCAUGCUUGAUCGUCGAGCAGCCAUGAAAAGUGAUCGUUACGCAAAGUAA